AUGUAUCGGAUUUCCAACAUAUACGUCCUGGCCGCCUUUGGCACCAUCGGUGGUGCUCUAUUCGGGUUCGAUGUCAGCUCCAUGAGCGCGUGGAUAGGCACACACCAGUACCUCGACUACUUUAACUCUCCCGACUCGAACCUGCAAGGAGGCAUAACUGCCUCCAUGUCUGCUGGAUCCUUCGCCGGUGCAAUUGCAGCUGGUUUCAUCUCAGACCGCAUUGGACGUCGCCUAUCUCUCCUCGUAGCCUCGCUCAUCUGGAUCAUCGGGGCUGUCAUCCAAUGUAGCGCACAGAAUGUGGCACACCUAGUCGCCGGUCGUGUCAUUAGCGGUCUUUCAGUGGGCAUCACCUCGUCUCAGGUCUGCGUCUACCUCGCUGAACUGGCUCCCGCCCGUAUCCGUGGCCGAAUCGUCGGCAUCCAGCAGUGGGCCAUUGAAUGGGGUAUUCUGAUUAUGUACCUGGUCUCGUACGGUUGCUCCGAGGGCGUGCACUCUCCUGCUGCGUUCCGCAUCGCCUGGGGUAUCCAAGCCGUUCCCGGUCUCAUCCUGGCGGUUGCCCUGCUCUUCUUCCCCGAAUCGCCCCGCUGGCUGGCCAGCAAGGAGCGCUGGGAGGAAAGUCUGGAUACGCUGGCCCUGCUGCAUGGGCAUGGGGACCGCAACCAUCCCGAGGUGCAGGUCGAAUGGGAGGAAGUCCAGGAAGCCGUGCGGAUCGCACGGGAGGCCAAAGACGUUUCCUUCCUCGCGCUGUUUGGUCCGCGGGUCUGGAAGCGGACGAUGUGCGGUGUUAGCGUCCAGGUGUGGCAGCAGCUUCUCGGUGGGAAUGUGGCCAUGUACUAUGUGGUUUAUAUUUUUCAGAUGGCCAAUAUGCCCGGUGACACCGUGCUCUACUCGUCGGCCAUUCAGUAUGUCAUCUUCCUCGUCACCACCGGUGUCAUUUUGCCAUACAUCGACCGUAUCGGCCGUCGACUGCUGCUCCUCUCCGGCUCUAUCAUUUGCAUGGCGCUGCAUUAUGCCAUUGCCGGUAUCAUGGCCACCUACGGCAACCCAGUCGACGAGAUCGACGGCAACAAGAACCUGCGCUGGGAGAUCAAGGGCGCGGCCGGAAAGGGCGUCAUCGCCUGCUCCUAUAUCUUUGUUGGCGUAUAUGGUCUGACAUGGGCACCUGCCGCCUGGAUUUACGCCUCCGAAGUCUUCCCCCUCAAAUACCGCGCCAAAGGCGUCGGUCUCUCCGCAGCCGGCAACUGGAUUUUCAACUUUGCGCUGGCCUAUUUCGUUGCGCCCGCCUUCACCAACAUCAAGUGGAAGACGUACAUCAUCUUCGGCGUUUUCUGCACUGUCAUGACCUUCCACGUGUUCUUCAUGUAUCCCGAGACAGCGCGGCGGUCGCUGGAAGAGAUUGAUAUGAUGUUUGACUCGAAUGUCAAGGCGUGGCAGUCGCACAAGGUUCAUGACAAGUUUGGUGAGGAGAUUGAGAAGCAUCGCCAGCAGAGUGUGGUUGAGGCUGAGAAGCCCGUUGACUCUGUGCAUGCUGAGGUGGCUUAA